AUGCGAGCUUUUUGUACCGUCAGCGCACCCUUAGAGGUUUGCGCACCACCUUCCCGACCUCUGCCUCCGGGUACCAGAUUCCUAGCUUUAAAAUUAUUGGGAACACCGCAGCCACGCACACUCUACUUCCUAGUCGAAGCAAAAAGUCGCGUACGCGAAGUAUACGCACAAACAUGCCAUCACUUCUCCAAGCAAGGCAUGCUGGACACGGAGCUGUUUGGGCUGGCCGUACUAAUAGAUGGCGAGUACCUGUUCGCCGAUCCCGAGAGCAAACUGUCCAAGUACGGACCAAAAAGCUGGCGUUCCUCGCACACUCAUGGCCUGGACGCCAACGGGAAACCUCUCCUGGAGCUACACUUUCGCGUGCAGUUCUACAUCGAGAGUCCGCUGAUGCUGCGAGAUGAAGUCUCCCGGCACAACUACUAUCUGCAGCUGAAGUACAACGCGGUCAACCGGGACCUGCCGAAGGAGUGCUCCGAGCAGAGUUUGCUGUUGCUCGGUGGGCUUUCCUUGCAGGCGGAUCUCGGUGACACCGUGUCGGAGGAUGCAGAUACAUCAUUACCCGCCGCUCCAUCAGUGAAAUCAAUCUCCACGUCCACCGUAACCGUACCGGGACAAUCCUCCGCUGGUGCCGGAUCGAAUGUGGGUGUUGUUAACGUACAUGCCAUUAACACCGGUAGCAUUACCGGUAGUGGUAGCAGCACAUGCAGCAGUAGUAACAGCAGUACCACCAGUAACAGCAGUGCCACCAGCAACAACUCCAGCACCACAUCAGCCUCUUCGCCCAAUCCCUCGGGUGGUUCUUCAUCAGCAUCGUCAACAUCGACCGCACCAUCAUCAUCCACCGCUGCGGCUGGAUCCCUGUUGAAUGCUUCCGUCGUUGGUCAAUCCUCCACAGCGAACGAUGGCGGAAAUGCCGCUGGUAGCGGCAAUAAUGGCAGUGGUUCUCCUUCGGUGGAAUACUUCCGCCCGGACGAAUACCUCAACCCGGCGCUCCGAUCAGCGUGGGGCAUCUCGGCCGUCACCACGUGCCACCGGGAGAACCGUGGGCUUUCACGGGCCGAUGCCGAAACGCACUACAUCCGCGAAGCGUGCAACCUGAACGAAGCGAUCAACGCACACAUCUUCCGUAUGAAGCAGUCCAAGAACGAGACCGGUCUCGGCACGGUGUCGCUAAGCAUCUACGCCAAGGGUAUCCGGAUUGCUACGGAUGGCAGCUCGACGGCAACCACCUUCCACUGGCCGCACAUUGGCAAGUUGAGCUUCGAUCGGAAAAAGUUCGAGAUCCGCUCCGGCGACAGUAAGAUCACGCUCUACUCUACCAACGAUGAUAAGAACAAGAUGAUACUGGCACUGUGCCGUGAGACGCAUCAGUUCUCGAUGAAGAUCGCACCACGACUGACGGAGGCGAUCAAGCGCGAGGAGGAGGAAAGCAGCUGCAUCCACGGCUAUCCGUAUUUGUACUCGCGUGCCUUGAACCUGCCGUACAAGAGCAAAAGCGACCAGCGCAUCUCGGUAAUCUCGAGUACCAGCUCCAACACCACCUCGGGUAUCGUAAGUGACCGCGUACAUUCAGAGGACGAGCUGGAGAUCAUGAUCAACACACCGCCGACGGCUACGCUCGCCGCACCAUCUACGGAAAGUCUCGCCCUGGCGCAUCUGCUCGACUGCCCGAGUGUGUCCCGCCAGACAUCUUCCGUGGGGCAGGUAUCCUUGAAGGAGCUGGAGGGUACGUUUGCGGCCCUUGCGGUCGGCCGAACGACUAACCUGAACGCGUCCAAUUCCGCCAUCACGAGCAACAGUAACAGCACUAGCAGCGACAAUGGUAGCGUGGAAGGAAAACCGGACCGCCCUGGUAAGGAUUGUGAUUCGUCGCCUUCCUCGCAGCACAACAUCGGAUCGCAGUGCUCGUCGACCUGCAGCACCGUUGUGGUGGCCACGGAUUGUCUCAGUCUGCCUCAAAGCUCGACCGCAACCAGCACCACAACGCUUAGCAAUGGUGGUGCCGGAGGAACGAUGGUACAGUCGACUAUCAGUCCCGACCGACGGCAAACAUCCACCUGCAGCAGCUUGGUGUUGGGCUUUAGUCACACGGCGCAGAACAGUACGCUGAGUGUGGCUACCAGCACCUGUCUGGAUCAUGACAUCAACGAGGAGGAGGAAGAAACACACUCCGGUGUGUACACGAUUGCGCACGUGCCGCCGACCGAAACGAGCGGUGUGUACACGAUGAACAGCAGCGAACUUACUGGACAGUCGUCGGAGAUUGCAGAGUCGGAAUCGCACGAGAGCUCCCACUACGGUAGCUUCCAGCCGUGUCGGAGCGAGAUGGCAGAUCCGCUGGAACCGGUCGAUUCGGUCGAUGGUGAUUAUCAUCGACCGCGGCUUGACAGUGGGCUGAACAGCGAGUUCCGGAUGCGGUCGGACUCGAACGUUAGUGCGGCGGGUUCUUUCCGCGGCGAUGGUAGCGAUCCGACGGACAACAAGCAUUCACUGCUAAGUGCCGAGGAGUUGACCGAUUUGAUCGUGGGCCGUGGCACAUAUCCAUCCCGCAAAACCGUCAGCCACACGCUCGAUUCGGACUGUGACUACGUGACGCUACCGCUCCCGCUCGAGGGCGAAAGUUACCUGCAGGGCAGCGAAGACACGGCCCCCACCGAGGACGAGUACGACGAUGAAGUGCUACCUCCGGCUCCACCAAAACGCAUCGACAGCAACAUGGCGGCUUCGGUCGUUCCAUCGCGACCACCCCAGCUACUGCAGCAGGUGGAACCGGCUGGCGGAGCACCUCCACCGCCUCCACCAUACAAUGCGCAUCACGAAACGACCGGACUACGUGGUCCGGACAUUCGGGCACACGCCGCACCGGACCCGGAAGCUCCAGCGAUCCCAUUGCGUGACCCUCCGCCCUAUCCACAGAAACCGAUUGCGAUGCGCAAAAGUCCAGUACUGCCACCGAACCUGCCGGUCACCCCCGUCCUAACGGCUGCUCCAGUGUCGGAGGAAGUGACGGCAAGGUUUAUCAAAACCCGGCCACAGAUCAACAUUCAAAAGGCGCAUGCCAGCGUCGUUGGAGAAACUCCAAAGCCCAGCUAUGCCGCACCAACCGUGAACAAUAUUGGCAACCUCUCGCAGGCAACGCCACCGCCACCGCCCCCACCCGUACCGUCGAGUGCGGUCGGCAUACCGGCGUACAAUUUGCAUCCUAAUCACAAAGCCAUAACCUCGCCACCGCCACCAUACCCGGAGAUGCCGAAACCGCCACCCCAUCGUACGACCGCGUGUGUGCUGCUGCCCGUCAUCAAACCGCGCCAAUACCACCCACCACCUCCACCAACCAUCCCAAGGCAACCGCCACCUCCGCCACCGCCCCACUCGCUGGCCACGGUUUACUCGGGCCAGCUGGCACGGUCGCAGAUUGAGCUGUACCAGCAGCAGCUGUACAGUGAUGUGGACUAUGUGAUCUACCCGAUACAGGAUCCGUCCAUCAGUCAGCAGGAGUACUUGGACGCGAAGCAAGGCUCCAUCCUGGCGGCCAUGGCACAGAGUCCCCCACCACCGCCCUACCUCGCUUACCACACCGUACGGGCGCACAACCGUAGCUGGGAUGCGUGCAAAAACCACACCAUCUAUCGCAGUACGCCCUACCUGUCGAUGGCACUCUCGUCCAACUCCCGGUACGCAUCGACCCAGAACCUCUCCGACACGUACGUCCAACUGCCGGGUGCAUACUCGCCGCUGUACAGUCCCUCGGUAGCCAGUCUCUGCUCCUCUUACGAGCCUCCUCCACCACCGCCGCUGCGUCCCCGACCGAUGGUGUCGUCCUCCAAGGCGGCCACCUCCUCCAUGCAAUCGAACGGUGCACAUAUGUCGAUGGCAUCCACCGGUCCAUCGCCCGCCCUGUUCGCUCGGUCCCGCUCGGACGAUAAUAUCCUCAACUCGAUCGAAAGCACACCGAAGAUACGACGCCAUCCGCCACCGCCGCCACCACCGCCAUACGAAAGCAAGAAGGCCAUCCGUAAGCCACCGCUUCCGCUACCGACACCGCCAUCACCGAUGGAGAAGAUCAUUCCGAAACCACCGGUUGCCAUCCCGUCACCAUCGCAGCAGCCACCCGUUGCGUUCAAUCCCGAACGACCUCCGGAAGUACCAGCUAAACCAACACCACCGAAACCGAGCGGUCCGAGCGCUAAGCUGCAAGCGCAGAUCAAGAAGCAAUAUCCCGACUUUGACAUGACCACGGUGGCAUCGAUGACGGACCAAUCGCCGAACGAUCACACCUCGAUCGACAUCAAGACACUGCGCGAGAAGAGCAAAAAUCUCGACCUGCCGCUCAUAUCGGCGCUCAUGCACGAUCGCUCCUUGCUUAGACAGACGCGCGCCUUCGUCCUGCCGAAGCACCCGAAAACGAACGGUUCCCUCGGUAUGCCGAAAGGUGCCGGCGGUACCGGUACGGUGCCCGGUACGGCUACGAUCAACGGAGAACCGCCGAACGGCAAUGGUGGAUCACCGCCCGGUAGCAAUCCAUCGUCCAAAGCGAAAUAUCCCGUGUCCGGACUGUCAACAACGCAGCUGGCCAAACCCCGCAAGACGUCUGCCAGCCAUCGUCAUCCGAACGACAAGCUGCCACCGCUACCGGGUCAAACGGGUCCGGGCCAAACUGGUCCAACGGCUGAGGGCAAUAACUACGUCAUGGAUCCAACACCGACCCCGAUCAAACAGAAAAGCUUCAGCUCCUCCCAACCCAGUGCCUGA